ACGCAUUAGCCCCGCCCCCUUCGUGCUGGUGACUCAGUAGAGAGUAAAGUCGUCUCUGUAAAGAGUGGUCAAAGCAGUUUGAAUCAUUUGGCAUUUUGACGUCCAGUGCCCACAACAAAAGCGUCGGGAUGCCCGCAGCAGGCAGCAAGAUCAAGCAGUGCCAACUGGCUCAGGAUCAGCUGGAGAAGGCCAUCGAAGCCGUGCUGAAGACCGAGCAGCAGUUGAGGGAUAACAGCAGAGAGGUGCGCUGGCAGCUGCAGAGCUGCGUGAGUCGCCAGCAGGAGGCGCUACGCUGCAGGGAGCUGUGGCUCCUGGGCCAGAUCGAGCUGCUGGAACACGUUAAGGCCGAAACGCUCCAGCAGCAGUUGCAUCAACUCCACCGGAUGCACGGGCAAUUAGACGCCAUCUCCCAGCAGCUGCGGAGCGCCAACGGCAGCGGCGCUGACCUCAGCAACCAGCUGACCAGCUGCAUGGACAAGUUGUCUUGCCUGAGUCUGAUGCCAGAGGAGACCCCCGAGAUGACCUUCACGGCCGACUCUCGCUCCCUGAGGGAUGCCAUCACCUCCUUUGGCAGCAUCAGCGCCCAGGUGUUGCAGGGCGGGGCCGUGGGGUACCGGCUGCCGGAAGGCGGUCCUUCUCCCAGACACGGACUCGAAGACAAAGACAAAGCUUCCUGUCCUGCCCCGGCAUCGGUGGAUUUCCUCAAGGCCUGGGGUCAGCUGCGAGACCUGGAGGCAUGGCUGCUCCAGGACCGGAAGGCUGCCGGCCAGCAGCGCGACCUCAGCAGCGGCAGCGCCGCCGCUGACUCGAGGGGCGACAACCUGAGCCGAUGGUUGACGGCCCAUUGCGCCGCCGCUGCUGAGUCGAACGGGGAGCGUCAGAGGUUGCUCUUGAAGCCGUUUUCCGAACGCCGUCCCUGGGAAGACUGGCUGGCGGGCUCUGGCUGUUCCUCCUGCUGCCGCCAGAGUAUUCAAGCGCUGGAGAUCGAAAACCUGGGCCAGCUCAAGUGCCUCAAGACUCCGCCGGCCACCGCUGAGUCCUCCGCCGCCACGCCCAGCCUCGAGGAAUGGCUUCAUCAGCUGGCACCGCUGGCGCAGAUGUGUCGCGCCAACGAGCCGUGCUCCAGUUAUUCCGAGUGCGUUUGUGACGAGAACUGCGGCAAAGAAGCCCUCAAUGCUUGGCUGCUGCGAUGCGGCGCUCAAGACAAGAACGGCGUCCCUGUAUCUGCUGACAAGAAUUUUCCGCCGCCUCUGCAGCACAGACGGCAAGAAGAGAAGGUUCAGGCCAUCCUGGAGGCGUGGCUGCACCCAUCCAACCCUCCGUCGUCACCGUCCUGCGGCAAUCUCUCUACAUCCUUGCUCCAGAGGCCUUUUGAUGCGCAGUCAUGGAUGCUUCCGGAAAAGUGGGCGGCAGCUCAGCAAGAUGACAAAUGGCUCCUGAGAAAGAAGUGCCAGGAAGGCGUGACCUUCCCCUUCGUCUGCGACACAUCCUCCGGGGAGAAAUGGCUUCACCAAGCGCCCCCCCCGGUUCAGAUUUGAUGGAGAGGCGGAGGAGGAUGGCCAUCACUUCAAAUCCUGUGACAUCAGAGGAUUCCAAUCAGGAAGUCAAUUAAAUUUUUAACGUUUUUCAGCAUGGAAAAAUGCUGACUUAUUUGAACGCAAAUAUUUUUGCAUUGCAUUCAGCGUUUGUUCUAAUACUUUUCAUCUAGCAUCUCACUUUCUUAAGGUGAAAUUGACCUUUUUUUGCUGACAGAAACAUUUUAAUGUAAAAUCAACAUAGACUUUUAUUUUACUCGCCUAGAUGCCUUGUGCUUACGUGUGUUUCAUCAGUGCUCUUGUGUGGAUUGUCCCUUACCCUAAUAAAACCAGUUGACACCCUUGG